AUGGGAGAUAGAAAGCCAUCGGAAUAUUAUAGAUCGUUAGCUCUUCUCGCUGGUUCCAAUUUUAGUUCAGAUGUAUUUACCAAACUUUGGCUACGUAAGCUUCCUAAAAGCUUAAAUGUGGCAUUGACGGGAUCAAAUAUAAGUGAUCAUAAUGAAUUAGUUCAACUAGCUGAUAGAUUAUGGGAAGUAAUUUACAAUGGUGAAAUAUGUAGUGUCAGACAAGCUUCUAGAAGUUCUAAUAUAGAACAAAUUGUUCAAAACCUAACCUCUUCUUUAUGCGAAAAUAUAAAUAAAUUAACACUGGAAGUUGGUUCGCUUAAAAAGGAAUUGGAAACACGAAAAUCACGUCCGUUUUAUAGGAGAUAUAGUAGAAGUAGUUCACGAUCUCGUGGUCGUUCACCAAACGGAAACUGGCUUUGUCGUUUUCAUUACAGAUUUGGUAACCAAGCCAGAAAAUGCGAACAACCUUGUUCAUUUUCGAAUGAAAAUUCAACAAACUAA